GGAUAGGUGAAAACCCCUCAAGGUUGGAAGAAAAAAUUCCUUUGAUGGCCUGUCAACCAGCAACCCAAAUAGCCUAGUGAAGUUCUCACACAGAGGGUGGAUGGAUCAUUCACUACAGACAAAGCGUUCCCAUAGCCCACGUGAGCGAGACCAAAAAGGCCUCAUCCUUCUUCCCUCUUGCAAGAUCCCACGGGACGACCCACCGUGUUUGAUCUCUCUAGAAGGUGAAGGAGGUGCAAAGGUGCCCCCCCCACCGGCCGGACCCUGCACUGCCAGGUACAGUCACUCCGUGUGCGGUGGCACCCGGAAACAUACUACUUUUGUUCUUGUUUUUGUGUGUGUGUGUGUGUGUUGUUUUUGUUUAGGUUGCAUGACAGAGCUCAUUCACUGAGCAUUCAUUCUGUUUUGCUUGUGCAAAAAUUGCGGGGCGCUCCGUCGGCCUUGGCUGCUUAGUUUUAUUGAGCAUUUGUUGAAAUUUGCUUGUGGGAAGGCUGUACAAUGCUGCAUCACCAAAGUGUUAGCGCACAUUUUCCAAUGCAUUUCUCUGGCACUUCCCUUAUGGAAAAGUAAUCUGAUUUUGUGUGUGUGCAAGAGAGGGAGCUAGUUUGCUUCUCAGGAGCGCCCCAUCAAGUGUCUGGGGCUGGUAGGAAGUCCAAUAACAUCUGGAAGGCCAGAGGAAUCCCCAUUCUUGCAAUCUUGGAUUUCCCCCAGAUAAUUUGGUGUCACCUGGCUUUUUACGUGUUUUUGCAUGCUUAAAUGCACACUUUGGUAAGCUAACACCUGGUUUCGACACUUCCUCUGUAUGUUGUUGCAGGUCCUUUGAACCAAGUAUUUUGACACAUUGUGGAGAGAGCCUUCUGUUCUUGUGCUCUCUUAUUUCCCAUCACCAUGCAGGCUGCCCUGAAAUGCUUCUUCUUUGCACUUCUAAAGACAGGUAAGGAGUGUCUGGGAGCCUCCUGGAGGUCUGUUCCUUCCGGGAUGAAUAGAUUUGGAGCCAAGCUUGUGUCACAGGAUUGGUAUUGAUACAAGAUGGAUAAUGCAGCUUUCUGAAAUGCCUGUAGCUCAUUGGUAGAAGGCAACUUGUAUUUCCUGGGUUUUUCUUUUCAAAUUGUGAUUUUACGUUGCAAAAGAUCUGCGGGUAUAGGAUGGUAUGCAAAUUUUAAAAAUAAAAUAAAUAGUAAAUAAUAAACUGUUUUGCAUGCAAGAGGUCACAGGUUCAGUUCCUGGCAUCUCCAGAUAGGACUGAGAACAUACUGUGUCUGAAAUCCUGCUUUUGGGGUUUUUAAAAAAUCACCGCAAAGUAGCUUAAAAGUAUUUUUAAAAAACCAAAAACAAACCAGAAGCCACUCAGAAGAAGAUAUAGAAAGGCCUAUCAGAAGUAGAGACAUCCAUGUUAUCUCAAGAUGUGCACCCAGAAACUUCAAAGAAAACAAAACAUUUUUUUUAAAAAAUUGUGACCAUUUGCCAGUAAGAAAGAAGGAUCAGGUACUGCUGGGGAACACCUUUCAAGCUGAAUGUGUGGAUGGACAGAGAGGAGAUUGUAGUCCACAAUACUGAUGAUUCGUGGCAGUUAUUAGGAAUCAUUGAAGCAAUGCUCACAAUACGCUCCAGCCCAUUCCGUUGGGAAUGAAGGGACAAAAAGCAGCCAAAGAUAAUAUGGAAAUAAAGAAGCAGGAAACCCCCAUUUAACUCCCAUCAUCAAUAAUAAUAACAUCACCUGUUUUCACUUCUUAAAACCCCCUCAAAGUAGCUUAAGAAACACUAAGAAGUUGAAAUACUUUAUUGUCACUUGUACAACUUGUAUACAGUAAGAUUACACAAGCACCCCCCACUCAGCUCACUUAGUAUUAAUUCCCCUCGUUUACUGACGCACACCCACCAAACCUGAAAGUCAGUUCCCUGUUGUUAUCUUUUCAUUCAGCAGCCUAACAGCCUACAGAUAGAAGCUGUUCUUUACUCUGUUGGUGCAACUAAUCAUGCUUCUAUAUCUUCUGCCCGAGGGCAGGAGAUCAAGAAAGUGCCAGCCAGGGUGUGAAUCAUCCCUGAGAAUUUUCCUCACUCUCCUGAGGCAACGUUCUUCCGCUGUUUCAUCCAGCGGAUUCACGGGACAGCCCAUAAUAUCUUGUCCUGUAUUCACUACCCUCUGUAGGCACUUCCUAUCAGUUGAUGUCAAACCAGCGUACCACACUGUGAUGCAACAAGAAACAACAAUUAAAAAUCAUUCAUUUCCUUCCUCUGUUUGACCACUUGAUGCCUCUUCUUAUAUCUGUGUGUAAACUCCUACUCUCUGGCUGAUCCCCGAACCUUGCAACGGGCACAAACGGGGGUACCCCGAAAGUAGGUGACCCAUGGCUUAUUCCUGCACAAAAGUAUCUUCAUUUGAUCUCAUUUUUUAAAAGUGUCUUUCCCUCUUCCAGCUGCUUCUCUGGAGUGCGAAAUCUGUACUGCCAAGGGGACCAAUUGCACUGGCAGCGUGCGGACCUGUCCUGGGAACAAAGAAACCUGCCUCAUCACACUGACGGAAAGCACCGUAGGUGGGUAGGAGAGGUUGCAAGCCAGAUCAGGGCAGUGGGUGGGCUUAGGCAAGACCACUGACAGCUGCUGCCUGUAUAGAUGGCACAGUGGACUUUUCAGCUCAGGAUGGGGCUCUGCAUGGCCAGGGUGGAAGAUUGCAUUCUGUUUCACAAUGCCUUUCAGGAGACUGAGGUUGAAGCACUUAUCUUUUGCUCAAGAAAAGUGGUGGUGGGGAGAACCCGUGGUCCUCCGGAUGCUGCUGAACUACAACUCCCAUCAGCCCCAAGCAAGCAUGAGCAAUGGUUAGGGAUGGUGGGAGUUGUAGUUCCGCAACAUCUGGAAAACAAAAUGUUCCCCACAUUUUGGAUCUAUAUCAUCUGUAUGUCACCCACCUUUUUGUCAUGGAAGGUCAACUAUUUGGGUGCACAGGUACACUGAUUGUACGCUAGUAGACCUGGGCGAUGUUUCAAUUCAUCGUCUGAAACCUCUGUGAAGUUCAGAUCGUGAUACUGGUUUCAGACUUUUUGAGCUAGUGAUACAUCACAGCUCCCUGGCCACUGCAAGUGGAGUGCAUCUCACUCCAGACUCUCCAAGCGUCUGUAUUUCCCCGGGAUGUCCCUGAUUUAGAGAAGCUGUCCCGGUUUCUGAUUUGAUCCUUGAAUGUCCCACUUUUCCUGAAGAUGUCCCUAUUUUCAUUGGAGACAUGUUGGAGGGUAUGGCAUUAUGUGACUCCUGAGCCAUCUGAAGGCAAUCCUGUAUAGGGAAGUUUUUUUAAAAAAAUGUUUAAUGUUUUAUUAUGUUUUUAUAUAUGUUGGAUGCUGCUCAGAGUGGCUGGGGCAAGAACUGGCAAAAAUGACAGAAAGACUAAGAGAAAAAGACAACAGAGACUUUGAAAAAGAUUGGGAACCAUUCAUAUUAUAUUUGCAGAAACAAAGAAAGGCAAUAGACUUGAUGGCAGGAUUUAAAUAAAUAUUCACAUUAUUAGCAUCAGAAAAUGUUUGGAAGAUAGUGAAAUAAGAUGAUGUAUUUUAUUUUAUUUUUAUGUUUUUAAGGUUUGAUGUUAUGUUAUUAAUAACUUUUUCUGUUGGGAGAUAGCAAAGCAGGUGAAAAUAGAAACAAAUCAGAAACGCAAGUUGGGGGAAGUCUUGGAGGGGAGGGAGAGAGGAGUACGAUAUAUAGCAAAUGUUAAGAAUUUGAGAUGUAUGUAAUGAACGAAAAUGAAAAAUGGAUAUAUAUAUAAAGAGUGGCUGGGGCAACCCAAUAAGAUGUGCGGGGUAUAAAUAGUAAAAUUAUCAUUAUGGAAUGGGAUGUCCCUACUUGCAUCGGAUAAAUAUUGGAGGGCAUGUCACUCCCAUCUGGUUGUUCUGUGCUUGCGGGAGCCAUGAUGUACUGCCAGCUCAAAUUGCCUGUUCUCCCGACUGUUGGGUUGAAAUCACGACAGACGAGUGGCAGGUGUCAUAUGAGAGGCGUCUCUGCCGGGGCAAGCCCCGGGAACUCUCUUUUAUCGAAUAUUACAAACAUUGCCAUAGGUGUGCUUGUGGCUGAUUGGUUGAUACAAACACAAAGCAACUUGUUGCUGAUUGGUUAACAUAGGUACAAGGCGGGAAUUACAUAUGAGCAUUUAUCACUGAUGGAUCAAAGGCUGAGAAUCGGAGCUGGAACUAGACAGGCAUGAAACCUCCUAAUUAAAUUAUAACUAAAGAUUAAUAUUGAGAGAACAUAACAUGAAAGAAUACAACAAUCACGUUCCGUAGAUGUUGUCAGCAAUGCAUUAAGAACAGGUCAGGAUACACUGUUUCAUGAACUCAAUGGGAACUGUUCAGAACAUUCUCAGACUCUUGUGCAGAAGCAGAGAAAAGAUUAUGAGCGAGACUUCCCAGAAUGCAAGAGAAAAGAAGCAAUAGUUCUCAUAGCAAGACUUCAUAGCAAGACUUCCCACAAUGCCACAGUUAUGUGCAGUAAGAGAACUGCAGAAAGAAAACUUCCCUUCACCCGACCAGGAGGAAAAAGGCAGCCCGCCCCGCUUGCUCAGGUGAAGGCAGGCAGAUGGGGCUGUGAAGGGAGGGAAUGAGCAGGAGCUCCUUCACCUGAGCAAGCGGGCAGCCCCCUUCCCUUCCUCCUGGUUGCUCCUCCCUCCCUCCACAGCCCAGCCACUUUUCAGCCUUUUUCUGUGUUAUUUCAGACAUCGUGAUAUAUCACUCUAUCAUGAUGGUAAGAAGGUGGUAUGUCAUGAUGCUGAAAGCCAGAUAUCGCCCAGCCCUAUAUACAAGUUGAAUGCAACUUGUGAAUACUCCUCGUGCGACUCACACAUAAGUGACCGAGAGCCUGUGUGUUGGCUGGGGGAGAGCACCCCUGGGUCUUUGCAAUAUGCAUCCUACCAACAAAUGAUGGGCGUUCUGCUAGUCUACUAUGUAUCGUGGAAAGUUCUUGGAUGGACUAAAUGGCCCUUAGGGUCCCUUCCAACCUUGCAAUUCUAUGAUACCCAUUCAGACACUUCGUAAUAUAUUGAUACCAAUUUUUCCGCGAUGGUUCCCAAGAUCAAGGAGUACCGUAGGUUUUGGUCUUUACUGAGUACAGUUGGAAACCAUUUUCAAUCAAGGUGGGGAAAGGAACCUUUCCAAACUGUGCUGAUUUUUUGUUUGUUUUAUAAUUCCUAAACAACAAAAGUGGAUGGUUAGCCCUUAUGGUUGCUAAGAGACCUAUAAUUUAAGCCUGGAAGGAUAAAUGCCCUGUGUUUGGUUCACAAUGGGCUGAGGGUCUCAUGGCCCUGCCUGCAUUUGAAUGUAUUUCCAAUAGGCCUCAAUUCUGCAUCAAUAUGCGCAUAUGAAGGGCUUAUAUUAACUUAGAUGUUAAACUUUAAGACACCUGUUGAUGGUUGAUGCACCUGCAAUGAGAAUGGAUAUUUUGUGUGUGUUCCGAUUAUUUUAUUUUACUUUAUUAUUUGUUAAAUUUAUAUACCACCCUUAAUCUGAUGUUAUUCUUUCUUUCUCUUUUUUUCUUUUAUGGUAUUUAAUUCUCCCCCCUUCCUUUUCUUUGUUAAAUUUGCAAAUAAAAAAAAAAUACUAUUAAUAAUCAGAGCUACUCGGGAGAUGAAGCUGCUAGUUGCUAAAUAAACCUCUCUCCUCCUUUUUUUUGGCCACUUAAGACGGAAAGGUGGUUCAGACCGUAGAGAGAAGCUGUGCUUCCACUUUUUGGUGCAACGCCCCACCACCUUACUUUGAUAUGGGGGGAGGAAGAACCUACAGGUCCAGUUGGGUCUGCUGCACCGGGAAGACCUGCAGACAAGUCACUCCUCAACGUACGUAUAUAAAUUUCAUGCUGGUCCCUCUCCCCAAAAUUUCCUUAUCCUUUCCUUACGUUCACUCCCUGUAACCAGUUGUGCAGGGGUCAUGGAAGGUUGAAGACCCACUGCUACUUCUGCAGAAGGUGUAAUGACCAAUUAGGUUCUUUUAAUCUGUUUAGGUGUUUAAUAUAGAUGAGACCCAGCACACUCUAGGAAGGCACAAGUAAACCUCAGACAACCCAUAUUGGAUUGUCUCUAUAAGAAGUUUUAUUGAUUAACUCACAUGUCAAGGCAAGGAAUAUGCACUCAACCAUACAUCCAUUCAUACACCUUUCAUACUCACCACUCUUCACUCUUCACUGAAUUGAUCAGGUUCAGUAAGAGCCACGGGUGGCAGACAACAGCGUUGUCAAAUGUCUGGCACACGUCUUAGGCUGGAGGGCUUUGCCAGAUAUACACCUUGUUGUUCAUCUGAUUCUUGGCAUUACACAACUCCUUACUCCUUGUUUUUGGCAUCUCACAUCCUUGUCCUUGGCAUCAUCUCACAACUCUUAUCUUACCUCAAAGGUAAUGUUGUGUAGCCCUUCUUGUAUGUGCUGUUCUGUACCGUUCCUACAACACAGUUCAUGAUCAGUUCACUGACAGUUCAAAGACAUCACAUCCAUUUUGUGGUGUUCUUCAGCCAUCUUUAGGCCCAUACAAACCAUCCCAUUCGUUACAAAGGGUCUCCGUCUCCAGCAACCUAGAGGCACCCAAUAGGCAUGGGUGUCAGGGACUGGACAGAGGAGGAAUGCUGGAGACCGCCUCCUGAACCUUCCAGAGAAGAGGAAGACAGUACAGAUUUACAACAGUUGUUUGAGGAAGGUUACGGCUCAGAGGCAGAUGAGGGGCAAAGUUGGGAAAUAAUGGAAGAGGAGGAAGGGGAAGCAGAGCCGGAGCAGCUGGCUGACACAUUAUCACUAGAAAGCAUUCGAGACCCACCUUCUCCCAGAACCUGGUGAGCAUUGAAAGCAGGAGAGCAAAAGGCUCAGAGGCAAAUGGCCUUAAGCGGGCACCAUAAGGUGGGUGGUGUUGUUGACAACUGAGGAGAGAAGUGGGGUGGAGAUUACUCAGAGCAACGCCAUUACUCCAAGAGGCUGCAUUUCUAAGCCUCUUUCUGUGAAUAUUGAAUAAAAGACCUUGGUAAGAGCUUUCCUUAUCUAUCUAUUCCUGGCAGCCUACUGUGGCGGGGUGUGUGUGUGUCAGAUUAGCUGGCGCCUGACAAUGGGAGGGGAAAUUUUAAGCCACUGUGUACUCCAAGGCUCUGCAUUCAGGAAGACCAAAAGCAGAAGGUGCUUCCAUUUCAAGACAGUUCCCUGGGAAGAGGGGUUGACUGAAACCGCUCUGGAAAUUGUAGCUCUGAGGGUGGGGGCCAGGAGAUAUGUGACAACUUGACUUAAGGAAAUGGUGGAGGCUCAGGCUGUUUGCUCACAUGACCCUCAGGCUGAAAAAGGUCCCUGCCUCCCCCGCUCUGUAUUUCUUUUUGGUCCAGUCCUUGAGCUGACCUGGAGUAUCUUUUGUUUCUGUUUUCAGUGCCACCACUAAAGCCUAGAGCCAAUACAACGCCAAACCCAUCCAAUUCCUCCUGCUCAGGCACUUACAGCACUGAGAUGGCGAAUUGUACCAAGGUGGAAACCAACGGCUUUGGCAGGGCCUCCAGUAAGUGAUUUCCUCCGCAGUGCAGGUUCAUUUCUUCCAUGAUCUGUAGGCGGGUGGGUAUUUAUUGCAGAUAUUGAUAUAGCACAGUUUGGAGCAACUGGAAGCAUGAGAACGGGCUCCUUUUGGAAAUAUGAAGCAUUGUCCAGACCCAUCAAAAUAUAAUUCGAAAUUUUACUGGCAGAACUCUACAAAAAAGCAUCACAUGAGCAUCAAAGAUACAUCCCAAAUAUCCAUGCAAUGUCUCGUGCUGUCCAGCACAGACUCAGCAUCUUAGAAAUAAAAGAUAACUUCAUAAAUCAAAACAUCUCUCUCCCCCCCCCCCCCCCAUUCAGGAGUGCUGUCCAAGGACACUGAAUCUGCCAGCUGUCUCUCUUCUAGUGUUUCCUCUUCUAGCUGCUCCUCACCCAGUAUUUCCCAGCUUUCCCCCUCUGGACUAUGCCCUUCUACAAACCACUAUUCUAAAUCAAUAUUAUCCUCCUGCCCUUGGGAAGGUUCAGAAAAAGGGGGCGGCGGCUCCCACCAUUCCUCCUCUGUACAGUCCCUGAUAGGUGUUCUCCUCCAACUACCGCUGUUCCACACUUUCUCCUCUCUAUAUCCUGGGAUUCCCUACACUUUGAAAAUCUAAAUAGUAGAGCUACAUCAAUUGUGUGGGGAAUCUCCAGAUUUAGGGGGUGGAAAGUAUGGGUGUGGAUGGUUCCAACACAAUGUAGUAUUUUGGUUUUGCCGUUUACUUGUUAAGAUAUUGUUUUAUUUUAAUGUCUUAUUGUGUAAACUGCUCUUGGGUUUUUAAUGAAGAGAGGUCUUUGCAAGUGUUGUUGUUGCUGCUGCUGUUGUUAUUACAUGAAGGUUCUUCCUUGAGGCAAGGCGAGACAACUGCCGCACAUACUGGAUUUUGGUUACCCUUAGGUGGCAGAGCGAGGGAGAUCUGAGGCACGUGAGAUGCAAUCUACAGGAAGGUCUCUUGCAAAAAGCCCCAUUGGAAUGAAAGGACCUUAAUUGCCAGAAAUUGGAAAAAAGAAUUCGUGCCAAAAAAAUGCAAUGGCAGGAUAAAUUACUAAACUAUAUCAAAUUAGCUAGAUUAACAGAGGCAAUUAGGGGACUCCCCAGACAAGAAUUUCAAAAAGAAUGGGGAAAAUGUAAAGAAUUCUUCACAAAACAGUGCCCUAAAAUAUACACCUGGACUUGUUUCGAUGAAUGUCUGCAGGAGACUUUGUGGUUUUCUUUUUAAGUCAUAAUUUGAAAAAAGUCUUAAUAAUAACCCAUAAACGAAACAGUUCACAAGAAGUAAAUAAGGAGGCCAUGUACAGGUUAAAGGAAGUCUUUUAUUUUGUUGUUUGUUUUAUGUUAUAUUUAUUUUAUGUUAUGUUCACGUCUAAUGGUGGUGGAUUCGUUUAUUUGACUUGUGGUGGAUUUAUGUUGUAAAUAAUAAUUUUAAAAAUGGAAUGAAUGGAGCUGGAUCAAGGUUGUGGGUCAUUUCCAUGCAAGUCAAUGGCUUUGGAUAGAUGGGCUGAGCUCUACUGGUGAGCAGUAGAUAGGCCUCGCUUUGUGGCAAACACAGGGUUCAUUUCAAACAGAGUAGGUGGAGCAAUUUGGAGAGCAGUUGCAAGCAAUAAUGUCCCGGCAACCCAUAUCUUGUCUUCCAUAUCCAGAUGAAACCCCCACGGAGAGGCUUUCGAAUGGUUGCACUACGAGGUUUGUGUGUGCUUCAGAAAAUAGCAAACACUCUGAGUUUACGGUUGGCUAUGAUGUCGUUCAUAAGAUGGAGUCUUCCAAGGCGGCUCAACCCACUGCUGUCCUCCUGCCAAGCUUCUCUGGGCUCCUGCUGCGGAGAAUCCUGUUGUAAAAGUUGCCUGCAUGAGAUCGCAUCAACUCUCCCAUUGAAUUCUGCCUCCUCUUUCACCCAUGAACCACUUCCUCUGAAUGCACUUUGGCCUUUACUGCUUUCCUCAGUGAAAAUUAAUAUUGGGAUUAAAACAAAUGACAUGUUAAAUGCAUGGCAGCUGUGUUUAUUUGUUAGGAAAAAAUUAGACCCUUGUGGCAGAAACACAUUUUAUUUUAGUGCAGAGUUCCUCCAGCUCCUCACAACUGACAGUAGUGAAUCACAGAAUUACAGAGUUGGAAGGGACCCUGAGGAUCAUCUAGUCCAACCCGCUGCAAUGCAGGAAUAGGCAGCCAUCCCAUAUGGGGUUCAAACCUGCAACCUUAGUGUUACCAGCACCACACUCUACCCAACUGAGCUAGCCAGGCAAUUUAAUCAAUCUUAUUUCUCCCAAAGGUUCAAAGGAAUAAGCAGAGACCCAGUUGGUGAAGGGUUUAAUGCCAUCUAGUGACUAAAGCAUGCAAUUAGCAUGCAAUCCGGAAGUCCGUUCUUAAACCAAAACUGUUCUUAAACUGAGGUGCUCUUUCCCUAAUGAGGCCUCCCGCCACCAGUGCCCUUCCACCAUUCGGAUUCUGUUCUUAGACCGAGGUAAAGUUCUCAAACCAAGACACUAUUUCAGGUUUUGUGGAGUUUGUAAACCAAAUCGUUCUUAAACCGGACUGUUCUUAAACCGAGGUACCACUGUAUUCUUCUCUGUUUUGGAAAGUUGUUCUUUAUGCAUUUGGACACCAGUACAGAUACUGUAGCCAGAUUUUGCAUGAGGUCAAGGAGUAAGGUUUUGUCUAUGUUUGAAUAUGGGUGGGUGCCAUUUUGAGUUAUAGUGGCAGAC